AUGGCCGCCGAAGCAAAGCCAGAGCGUAAUAUCAAGAUCUCGUCUUCGGACAACGAGACUUUCACGGUUCCACGUAACGUGAUCCGUCUCUCGACCACUAUCAACACUCUUCUCCAGGAUCUCGGACUUGACGAGGAGGAUGCCGUCAACACUGAUCCAAUUCCAGUCCAGAAUGUGACUGCUCCGAUCUUGAAGAAGGUCAUCGCCUGGUGCACCUACCACUACCAGGAUGCUACUCCAACUGACGAUGCAGACAAUCGUGAGAAGAGAACUGACGACAUCGCCAGCUGGGAUGUCGAGUUCUUGAAGGUCGACCAAGGAACUCUCUUCGAGCUCAUCUUGGCUGCCAACUACUUGGACAUCAAGGGUCUUCUUGAUGUCACCUGCAAGACUGUCGCCAACAUGAUCAAGGGAAAAUCUCCAGAAGAGAUCCGUCGUACUUUCAACAUCAAGAACGACUUCACUCCAGAGGAGGAGGAGCAAAUUCGCAAGGAGAACGCCUGGUGCGAGGAUUAA